AGCUAUAAAUACGUGGACAGCGUCAGUCAGCCAGUCAGUAAGCAGCUGUUUCCAGCUCAGGCGAAGAGGAGUCCUCCAGCUCACAAGUCUUGAAUCUGAGGAGAACCAAAACGCAGUAUCCCUGUUAGACUAUGGAUCCAAGCAAAGAACUGGGUUAUCUCAGAGUGGGAAGUGUGGAAGACAAAGAUCUUACAUCAGAGAUAAAGAGGCAUUCCUGUGAACUCACAGUCGACACAAAAACAGUGAGCAGGAAACUCCAACUGUCUAACGGAAACAAGACGGUGACCUAUGUGGGGGGACAUAACCUACAUCAUUUCCACAGACGCGGAUUUCAUUCUCCUCAGCUGCUGUGUAUAAACGGUCUGACUGAUCGACAUUACUGGGAGGUCAAGUGGAGUGGAGAUGUUUACAUAGCAGUCAGUUACAGUGGAAUCAGUAGGAAAGGAAUAACUGGUAACAAUGAGUUUGGAUCAAAUUCUCAGUCCUGGGCACUUGUAGUAAAAACAUGUCCAUCCUCUGUCAUUGCGAGGCACGAUAACACAGAAACACCCAUCGUCUCCCACAACAGAUUUAACAGAGUAGCAGUGUAUGUGGAUUAUGCUGCAGGCAUUCUGUCCUUUUUCAGUGUUUCCUCUGACACUCUGAUCCACCUCCACACAUUCAAAACCAGAUUCACUGAUCCUCUUUAUCCCGGAUUUGCAGUCUUUCCUGGUUCCACAGUGAUUCUGCCCUGA